AUGGAAGAAAGAGACCAGGUUCUAACCAGGAAUAAAAACCUCACAGAUGAGAGAGACCAGCUACUAACCAAGAUUACUAACCUGGUAGAAGAAAAAGACAAGCUACUUGACAAGAACAUAAAUGUCACAAAAAUAGAAUGGGAUGAAUUAAUAUCCAAGAAUAUAAACCUGUCUAAACAGAAAGAUCAGUUUAUUCAGGAGAGCAAUGAACUUUGGAAGAGUCUCAAUGAAAAAGAUGGAUGGACAUACUAUAACUUUAGUUUGUACUUCAUUUCCUCUGAGUGGACGAGCUGGACUGAGAGCAAAAGAUACCGUAUGGAGAGAGGAGCAGCUCUGAUCAUCACAAACAACAGAGAGGAACAAGAAUUUAUUAACAAGAUUUCUGGUGGUGCUGGAGUCUGGAUUGGUCUGACUGAUAGUGAUGUGGAGGGCAGAUGGAAAUGGGUUGAUGGCACCAACAUGACCUCUGGUUUCAGAUUCUGGGUGUCUGGAGAGCCAAAUGGAUACAGGUUAAAGAACUGUGCUGUGUCAUAUUCAUCAGGGUGGUAUGACUAUCAGUGUAAUAAUGGUCCAUAUAAAUGGAUCUGUGAGAAGAGUUUUGUAAAGUAUCACAUUCCAUGA